GCAUCCUUAUCAUGGAAAAUGUGCUGCCUUCUGCCGUAUUGGAGAUCUGUGUGCUGGUCGGAGCGCCCAGGGACAAAGUGAAAGAAGUCUGCCAGGCUUCUCAGAAAAACAAUGUGAAGAACUUUCCUUCCUUUGAACCAGAAGUGCUUUCUGUUUUCGUACCUCCCUUUAUCAACAAGCAGGAGUUCCAAGCGACGACUAUAAACAGCAAUGCAUUCAAUAACACGAAACGCCGUUCCUUUCGGAAGAAAAAAGAGAAAUCGAAGAUCGAAAGUGCAAGAGCUCUAAACGGAACCCAGAAGGUGCCGGAGACCGAGGAUAUUAGCGUCCCCAAAGAUGUUGACCUUAAUGGGUUGCCCCAGCUUUGCUUUCCAGGAGGAUUUUUUAUAACAAGAGAAUCAAAGGCUGACCAUAUCCAUUUCCUGGUUUUCACGGAUGUUUUUGGUAACAGGACAUACGGUGUAGUCGCACAGUAUUACCACCCUGUUCAAGAUGGACACAUCUCUUCCAAUGGCCAGGUUCACUGGGAGCCUCAACAGACUUCUAAAGCUGCUGCAUAUUUCGCACCAUAUGCUAUUUGUGUCAUAUCCAGGUAUCCAUACUUCAAUGCCCUCAGAGACUGCCUGUCUUGUUUGCUGGUGCAAUUGAAGCCCUACAAGGAUUUAGAUGUGGAUGGUUGUAUAAAAGAAUUUGCUGCAAAGCUGUCUUUAAUACCCAGUCCUCCCCCAGGACCGCUCCACUUGAUAUUUAAUAUGAAGCCACUCCAAGUGAUUUUUCCAUCUCAAGAGGACCCUGACAGUCCAAUUAUUGAUCUGGAUCUUCAUCUUCCCUUCCUGUGCUUCAAACCAGAACAGGUGUUACAGAUUAUAACUUGUAUUUUAACUGAGCACAAAAUAGUUUUCUUUUCUUCUGACUGGGCACUGCUGACGCUCGUAUCCGAAUGCUUCAUGCUGUAUCUUCAUCCUAUUCAGUGGCAGCAUACUUUCGUGCCUAUUUUGUCUCGACAAAUGUUGGAUUUUGUCAUGGCCCCGACAUCCUUCCUCAUGGGUUGUCACCUUGAUUACUUCGAAGAAGUUAGCAAGGAAGCUGAUGAUUUAAUUCUAAUUAACAUUGACAAUGGGGACAUUGCACAAUCCAAAUCAUUUGAAGAUGAGGCUGAAAUUCCAGAUAUUCCCCUUCAAGCAGCAGAAAUAUUUAUAACAAGGGUCGAAGGCCUUCAGCUGCAUUAUGACCUCGAGCUGUGCCACCGGGGCUCCUGCACAGACCUUGGUGAACUCCAACUCCGUCGGAGGAGCUGGCAGCAGAAACUGAAUUCCGAAGUUCAACAGAUCACUCUGCAGUUGAUCGUCAAUAUUUUUAGGGAGGUGAAAGACCAUCUGAAUUACGAGCACAGAGUAUUUAAUAGUGAAGAAUUUAUGAAAACGAGGGCUCUAGGCGAUCAGCCGUUUUAUAGAAAGGUAUUGGAAACCUACAUGUUUCAUUCGUUCCUUAAAGCUCGCCUUAACAGAAGGAUGGAUGCUUUUGCUCGCCUGGAGCUGAGCACUCAAAGUGAAGAAGACAGAUUAAGUUCUAUGCUUGAUAGCCCAAGGAGACCGACCAUGGAGAAAAUGGUUUCAAAAAGGUUUAAUCCUGAAUACAUGAUCAGCAAACGUAUGGGAAUGAGUUUGCCCAAUCUGCAGGAAAUCACGCCGAAGGAUUACCCUGCUAGAAAUGCAUCUCUUCGGAGGAUAAACACUAAUUUUGCCGCAAGAUUGGUUUCUAAAUCUGUGAGCACGUUCAAGAUCCCAGAAAUCCACUUCCCUCUGGUGGGCCAGUGCGUUCACUCUUACUACAUCGAUUUCGUCAACCAUCUCAGUAGAGCUAUAAACAUUUUGUCCCCUGAGAACUCUGCAUUGCUGGCGAGGUAUUUCUACCUUCGGGGGCUUAUCGGUUUGAUGCAAGGAAAGCUUCUGAACGCUCUUUCGGAUUUCCAAAACCUGUACAAGACGGAUGUAAGGAUAUUCCCUGCUGAUCUUGUGAGGAAGGUGGUGGAAACCCUUCCUCUUUCGGACCGGUCCCAGGCGGAUCAGAAGCCUGAGCUGAAGAGGCUGAUAAGCCAGGUGCUGGAUAAACAACGGGAAAUCACCAAAGUGGACGAUCAUGUGAAAAACUUUGAGUUGCCGAAAACCCACAUGCAGCUGGAUGACUUUGUGAAACGGAUUCAGGAAUCUGGGAUCGUCAGAGAUAUUGACACUAUACACCGGCUGUUUGACGCAUUAACUGUAGGCCACCAGAAACAAAUAGACCCAGAAACCUUUAAAGACUUCUACAACUACUGGAAGGAGACGGAAUCGGAGGCACAAGAUGUAAACCUGCCCCCCGCUGUGAUCGCACGCUUAGACAAAAACGAAUGCGUCUACAAGUUGUCAGCCUCAGUUAAAACGAACAAAGGGGUUGGGAAAAUAGCCAUGACUCAGAAGCGCUUGUUUCUCUUGAUUGAAGGAGGUCGGUCUGGCUAUGAAGAGAUCGCCACUUUCAGGGACAUAGAGGAAGUGAAGAGCACCACAGUCGCCUUUCUCCUCCUCAGAAUCCCUACCCUGAAGAUAAAAGCCGUGUCCAAAAAGGAAGUCUUCGAAGCAAAUCUGAAGUCAGAGUGUGACCUUUGGCACUUGAUGGUGAAAGAGAUGUGGGCCGGGAAGAAAAUGGCAGACGAUCACAAGGAUCCUCAAUACAUUCAGCAGGCUCUUACCAAUGUUCUUCUGAUGGACGCUGUCGUGGGUGCCCUGCAGUCUUCUAAGAUCAUAUAUGCCGCUUCCAAACUGUCUUAUUUUGACAAGAUGAAGAACGAAGUGCCCAUGAUGGUCCCCAAAACGACAGCAGAAACACUGAAACACAAGAUCAACCCAUCCGCUGGUGAAACUUUCCCACAGUCGGUGGAAUUCUUGCUUUAUACACCAGGGCAGCUCGACGCAGCAGAAAAGCACGGAGAGGCCCAUCCCAAGCUGUGGUGCGCUUUGGAUGAGGGGAAGGUGGCUGUCUUCGACGCGUCGACGUGGUCUAAACAGCACUGUUUUAAAGUGGGAAGCUCUAAACUGAAAUGCAUGGUGAUGGCAGAACAGAGCCAAGUCUGGAUUGGUUCCCAAGACUCCGUUAUCUAUAUAAUCAACACCUACAGCAUGUCUUGCAACAAGCAGCUGAAUGACCACCGCUCUGAGGUCACAGACAUCAUUGUGCAGACCAGAGACAGCGUGUCCAGCGAGGCGUAUUCGUGCAGCGUCGAUGGGACGGUGAUCGCCUGGAAUGUCAGCACCCUGAAGGUCAACCACCGGUUUCAGCUCCCCUGCGAGACCCUGACGUCCAUCAGAUUCCACAACAACCGACUUUGGUGCUGUAUAGGAAGCUGUAUUCUCGCCGUCACAACAAAUGGCAUUGUUCGGCAGAAGGUAAAAAUGGAAGAGUCGCCGAGAGAUCCCCCGCUGUCCUUACUGUGUUUCCAGUUGUUUCCUGAGAGGGACCAGGUGUGGGCGUCGUGCUCAGGGAGCCCCGACCUGUAUAUCUGGAACAUGAUAGAUCCCUCUACACCCGCUCAAAAGAUAAGCCUGCAAGACUGUGCCGAGAUCAUCUGCAUGAUGAAAGUAAAAAAUCAGAUGUGGGUUGGCGGCAGAGGACUUUCUCAAGGCAAAAUCAAAGGGAAGAUCUUUGUGGUUGACGCUGAAAAGAAGACGGUGGAAAAAGAACUGGUGGGGCACAUUGACACCGUGAAGGCCCUCUGCUCUGCCGAGGACAGAUACGUUCUCAGCGGCUCUGGCAAGGAAGAAGGGAAGAUUGCUAUCUGGAAGGUCGAAUAGGGUCGAAG